AUGCCUAACUCCGAAACAACCUGGCGUAGAGAUGGAAACUGGAAAGCUCGGUAUUUUAAAUUGUAUUCAUCUAAGUUUACACCAUUACCUAAAAAAGAAGAACGCCAUCGUAUAUCUUUUAUGAGCAACGAUCCAGCUCCUUACGCAUCGCUUCUGAUUAAGCUACGUGCCAGUCAAAGGGAUACUUCCAUACAAUCAGAUCAGUCUCCGCCUAAUUACCUCAUAUCCGUAAUGUCACAGAGGAUGUUCUAUGGAACUAAAGAAGGCAGUCAACAGUCUGAAAGUUUAGGGGGUAACGAAACUCUUCUUCUGGACAUGGUACGGUCGAGGAGUCGUGAAGCUGAGGAUGAGUUACGAGACCAACCCCUUGUGUUAUACGAUGCUUCUGAUGAUCAAAAUCUAAACGAAACAUGUUGUGUGCACGGCAUGAACAUCCACAUGACAGAACGCAGUGCGUCUCGCUCACGCGUCUCCCGGAUGUCUACACGUCGUGAUAUGGACAUACCUUCCAUACUUGCUUUUACGGCGACUGUUCCUGAGCCAGUGCAGCAUUUAGAAAUACCAGCAUUCCAAAAAGUAGAACAGCGACGUGAAGAAAUACCGCGUUGGUCGAUUCGACGGUCAGUCUGCCCAGUAUGUUCCCAGAAAUGGAAAGAUAAAACCUCUAUCACAAACAUUAAAUAUUCAGGGCUGAGGAGAAAUUCAUUACAAGAGUUGCCUUCUGUCAUAGCGCCAGCUCGCUUGCGAACGUUAAUCUCAAUCGGACACACACCGCAACCAGUGCCUGCAGCAAUAGAUAUAGACACUGGUUUGAAACUAGGAGGUCUCCGUAAUACAAGCACGUCGUGGCAGUUAACAAGAGCUCGCAAAUUUCGAGCACCUAAACCUCAACCACCUUCCCCUGAAGCAACUGCGCCACCUAGUUGUAAUGCACCAAUGGCACGGAAAGACUUAGACCUUCGUGUUUCUCGUUUUCUUUCAGAUGAAUUUACGCUACUAUCGUAAAUUAUUUUCAGACAUCUUUUGUUAAAAAUAAAGUAUUUUUCUUUUU